GUUUAUACAGUUUUAGUUUAUUAACUUUUGAGUUAGUUUGAUCUAAUUUCUUGAGAAACUGUAGCCACUAGAGUUGGAGUCAAUGUCUGUGAUUGUGAUUAGGUUGGUUGGUUGGUGUUUCCAAGCUUAAUUUCCCUCUCCCCUCACUCCUUAUAUAUAUAGAUAAGUCAUCAGAUAUAAGUUUAUAACACCCUCUGUUUUUCAUGGCUAAUGUUAAUAGCUCCAUUGAGUCAGAGCCUCGGACCUUAAAAGAAGAGCAACUCAACCUUGCCAGGGAAGUAGCAGCCGAUGCUGUUCAAAAGCUUGAGCCACAUGAAGCCACAAUCAUAUUCAUCGAGAGAAUGACACCAGUUGGUGGUUCAAUCCAAAAGAUGAAGCAAAUAAGUGAAAAAGAAGAUGAAGUUGGUCGUGUGUUGAAAGAAACAAGAGAGAUUAUUGAAAUACCUUGUCAGUGCACGUGUACAUGCACUCCUACAACUAUCAUCAGAACAGAAUCUGUGGAACAAAAUAAGCUUAGGGAACCUCUUUCAUCCCCAUUUUGAAAAUUUCAUAUUGGAAUAAUGUUUGGGACAUAGACUCAAUUAUUACUGUAUGAUUUAAAAUGUCCUUUAUUGAUUUGUUUUUAUGGAAAAUCAAUACAGGAAAUUAUUGGUUUCAAAUACAUAAUAAGUACAAGAGAAUAAGUGAUUCCUAUAAAUUUGUUGGGCUUGCUGUAAUUAUAAUAAAUGAUUUCAGAACUCUUUUAUUCAUUAUCAAUACAAAAUAAUCUGUAUUCAUA